CAGAGCGCCGAAAGAACACAGAGCUCAUACCACAGGAACAGACGCAAAAUACUAGUCGUCAAGAACGCUCUAUCUGGACAAACCUGCAACAGCUUUUUCGAUACCGAUCUACGCAAUGUACAAUCAUUCCAUCUCGUCCGAAACAAUAAGGCGGUAUUUCUGUCGGACUGUUGCUCCUUUAAUUGUAAUCUCGUCCUUCGCACUAUUUCACACGACGCAGUCAGCCUUUGUACCAACACGAUCAUUCCGACAGGACCAUGCGCCUUCCCGAAGGCAGUCGUUCCUCAGCGGUAGUGUUCCGAUUCUCCGAAGCAUUGCCGUCGACGACGACACCGCCGAGGAGAGUAGUCUACCAAGACAACAAACACCCAGCGAUCAAAAGCCAUCCGUUAAUCAGCUUGUCACCGAUCGGUUCCACGAGGAUAUGCUGAGAGUUUUGGAGUCUCGUAGCCACUUUCUCGCCGAUUCGUUAAAGCAAAGUAUGCAGCGACAUACACGACCCGUCAUACUGGACCACAAUAGUGAUCCAGACGGGGCCGAGCGAGUACUUUCCAUGCUGCGGCAUUUGCAAAAUAUCAAUGCCGCUACGGAAGAGUCGUUUCAAAUUGUCAUGCAAGCGUUUGUGAACCGGGGGAGAGUUCGAUGGCAAGAACACAACAAAAACGUGAUGUGCGCAGCGGAUCAGGUCGAAACACUGUUGGAAGAGCUGCUAAGGUCACACCCCAGAUCCACCCUAUCGAUGGAGACUUUCCAAUUGGCGCUACAAGCAUACGCUACUUGCUCCACCCCGCGCGGCGACCGAGACUACGCAAAUCGAGCCGAUGAACUUCUCCAGCGGAUGGAAUCUAUGUUUGGACAAGUUUCGGUGGAAGCGUUGGUGCACGUGUUGCACGCAUACGCUUGGCAGCAGGCCAAUCUACAGGAAGGCGAUUGUGCGAGCCGUGCUACUGAUCUGCUGAACCAGAUAGUCAAGCGCACGAAUGACCCCGUUAUUCUGAUGAAAUGUUACAAUUGGGUUUUGGAAGCAUGGAGUAAGAAUGGCUCACCCGGUAGUGCCGAUCAGGCCGACGCUGUCUUCAAGAAAGCACAGAGCUUGGCGCAGUCGUUGCCUGUAAGCAAAGAAAAAGCGGCAAAGAUGCUCGAUGCAGAAUCUUAUUCCAAUGCAAUACUCGCCUGGUCAAAGGCCCAUGACAUUGGUUCUGCGGAAAAAUCCCACGAGUUGCUGCUAGAAAUGAUUGAAAAGUUCGAGACAGGUGCUUUUCCAGAAGAAUCCGAGCCUCCGCUUAUCGCAUUUAACGGUGUCAUUUCGGCAUGGGGGCGAGUUGGAAAACCGGAUAGGGCGCACGACAUCUUACGCCUGAUGGACAAGCUCCAGACAAAGUGCGAGACUCUGGUGCCCGACUCCUUGUCGUACAAUACUGUCUUGCACGCCUAUCUUCGCUUAAGAAAUCGCAAAAGCUCUUUGGAAAAGUCGUUGGCCCUUUUGAAGCACAUGGAAGAGCACAGUGUCAAGCAACCAGCCAUCAAGCCAAACGCAUUUACAUAUAAUACCCUUGUCAAGUGUUGGGUACAAAGUGGGCAUAUGGACAGUGGUGAAGAAUCGGAGAAGCUCUUGCUGAAAAUGGAACGCCUGUGGGCCAACGGAGACCGAUCGUUACCACCAAACAAUCGAGUAUUCAAUAUGGUUAUUAACGCCCACGCCAAGAAGGUCAACGAUAGGUCGGCAGCUCGUAAGGCCGAAAAAAUUCUAUUGCGGAUGCGGGCUUCGCCGUCUUGUCAACCCGAUAUAAUCACGAUCACCUCCAUUCUAGAGUGCUGGUCCAAGUCGGGUGAUCCAGAUGCUCCAUUACGAGCUGAGACACUCUUGCAGGAAGCCUUCGACGAAUAUUAUAAAACGCGUGAACGAGCAAUGAUGCCCAACUUGAGAACGUUUACCAUGGCCAUUUUGUGCUUUGCUCAAAAUCAAGGUAGCACGGUGAAAGCCAGGGCACUCCUGACGCAGUUAGUUGAUUUGUACGAGGAGACUCAAGAUCCAGAGUUGAAGCCGAAUGAGUAUCCCUUCAAUUACGUACUUAAUUGUGCAGCCAAUUCAUUAGAAAAUCAGACGCAAGCCUUUCAAAUCGCAACGCAAACAUAUCAACAAAUGCGACAGUCUCCAACGGUCCGCCCGGAUAGUUUUACGUACAACUUUUGGCUCAAAUGUUGUAACAAUCUGCUCCCACCGAGCGAGCUACGUGCAAAGUGCGUUUCGUACGCUUUUGAUGAAUGCAAAAAAGACGGACUUUUGACUAAAGAAGUAUUGACUCGUCUGUUUCAAGGCAAUCCGCCGGCGUUAGUAGACGAAUUGCUUGAAUUAACGGCGACCCCCGCUACCGCAGCAACUCAUCCUUCCCAUGUUCGACCGUCAUACCGGACACUGUCGGUGCAAGACUUGAAUCCGUCCUGGAGUCGAAACGCGUCGCGGCGUUAGCGAUAUAUUAAUUGCUUUCUUCUUUUAUAAGACACCUAAAUGGGGAUCGGGAAUUCCUGAGUGUAUGGUCUUGUAUUUAACAAAUCCCUCAAAUGACAGUCAGAAAGAUCUCACAGUCAGCAACUGUUCCAACGAACGAACGCUAACUGUACGUAGACUACUUUUUAUGAU